UCAGUGUCAUUCGCAACGAGCAAGCAAGAAACAAGAUGAAGUCAACGACGUUGCUUUUUGUGCUUUUUGCUUUCCUAAGCAUUGCUAGGGGUUUCCAGAUUGAAGAUUUUGAGGAAAACCUAGACUCUGAGUCUGAAAUUAGAGCUGUUCGUGCCACUGGAACGGGUUCUGGUUCGAGUACAGGAUCCGGCUCAAGCACAGGUUCAGCUGCGACUACCACUACUACUGCUGCGACUACCACCACAGCAGCUGCCACUACAACUACAACUGCUGCGACUACCACCACUACUGCCGCAGCUGACACUACUACUACUGCCUCAUCUGACACUACCACCACCACUACAUCCUCAGCAACAACCAAGAAAAAACGUAGGUUCCGUAUUCGUCACAUCAAGUUCCGCAAUAUCCACUUCAAAAGACAUAUGGACAACAAUAGUACCAGCACCGGAAGCAGUGGCAAGAGGAGGAGGAGGAUCAUUCGUCGUCGUUUAGUUCGACUUGUUCCUGUUCGCCGUGUAGUCCGACGCAGGGUAGGAGCUCGUAGAGUCCGUAUCGUCCCAGUUUCAAGGACAGUUGGUCGCCGAGUUUUAAUAGAACGCGAUGCUGGCUUGCGAGUACGCACCGGUGGAGAACGCGUCAGGAUAGUUCCUAUCAACUAAAGGUUUACCUCAGGCCACUAUGCAUCCAACCAAUAUUCAUAGGGUGGCGUGAGGUGGAAGGAAUGUAGUUUGGUCAACUCCUUUAACAAACCUUGUAAUUUAGUUAUGAAAGUUUCCGAUGGAUUCAAAGAUAAAAUAAACCAAGCGCUUUGAAAAUUA